GUUCGGCUAUUUUUACACAGGAGGUUUUUCAGCUAACUUCUGUGUAACGUAGUGCUCAAUGAAAGCAGCGCUGAUCUGAAUUGUACUUGACUCGAGUACUGCGCCUUUAAAAACAAACUGUUCCCUGUUUUCGGUCCCAACCGGCGGACACGUACGGCACCGACGGUUCUCCCACGGUCUGCUCCGCGGGCACUACUUUUUAAAAAUCUGUUAACCGUUGCGACAUUAACGACAAACUUAGCAAUUUUUAGCUACUUUAAAGUACUUUCGCUCCUCGUUCGGACGCGUGGAGGACAAAGUUUUGAAUGAAGGUUUCCCGCUGGGACUGUACAGCAGGAGGAGGGGGCAGUUUGUGGGGUCGUCCGGGGGUAUCAGCUCUGGGAAUCUGCUCACAUUUAUAACCAGGCAGACGGCGGCUUCUUCGGGGCAGAGCGGAGCUGGACUGACGGACGGAGUUAGCCGGUGGAGGACGCGGAGUUUGAAACUUUUUGUUUUUCGCCGCAGAGGAUUAAAAGGAGAAAAAAACGAGUAAGAAAAGUUGAAUUCUGCUUCUUCUGGACCACCGUGUUCUGCUGCUGGACUGUAACGUUAAGUUAAUUCACUCUGGAAGUGUUUUUACAGACAGUGUUUUAGCUAGCUCCCACAUAACUACUCGUAACUUAACUGAAGCUAAACCCGCAAAAUGGAUAAAUACGAGGAUUUAGGACUUGAAGCGAGUAAGUUUAUCGAGGAUUUAAAUAUGUAUGAAGCAUCCAGAGAUGGUUUAUUUCGAACGAGGAGGGAUGCGGGAAAUAACCCGGACUUUGAGGAGACUAGAAGAGUUUUUGCGUCCAAAAUGACUAAAAUACACAUGCAGAAACAGCAAGAGGAGAUGGCAAAAAAUAACCAGGCCAUUAAAAUGAAUGGGGGUCACAACAGCACACAUUACACUAAAGACAGACCGCCUAUCAAUAGUUACAGGCAGGCGGGUGAAGCGGCGGCGAAGCCCCCGAUACUCUCUGGCCCAGUGCCGAGCAUCGCGGCCGGGAGCCAGUACGCACAGUUUGACGGGCAGAAGCACCACACGGGUCUCCAGCCUGAACUCCCAGCUAGCAGGGCAUACGGCUACGGAAACAAUUACGAUAAUAAGGAGCGCUCCGAGCCACAGUCAUACCAGCACAACACCCCUUCUCCGCCCAGCCCUGCGUCUCAUUGCGCGCCCACACAUGCUCGUCACCCGGUGAGCCAGCCGGCUGCUUGGGCCCCAUCCAGCCAGAGUUCCCCAUCUGGGUCAGGGAGCAGCGGUGCACCUCAGCAGCAGCCCCAGCGCCCACAACCACCCUCCACCGUCAACAGUCUUCCAUCCCAGCAGAAACAGGCUGCCCCUUCUCCUGUUAACCUGAGUCCAGCCUCCUCUGCAGGGCCAGCCAGAGGAUGGACAGCAGAACCCUCUGGCUCACCAAAACCGGACCUGAUCCCGGCUUUGCCUCUGAGUGCCUUCACAGGAGGAGCCGACUUCCAUGUGCAGCAGCCCUCCACCCUGCCUGCAGCCCAUUACGUGGCACCUCCGCCUUCCAAACCCUCUGCCAGCCUUAAUGGUCCUGUGGCAUCUUCCUCUGUCCCACCUGCAUCUUCAGAAACACCUCAGCCCAAAGCCCAGAUGGCAUCCAUUGCCUUGAGCCCUGCCAGUGUCUCCAAAAGCAUCAGCCAGGGUCAAGGUCAGAGCCAAAUACCUGCCAGUGGUGAAGCUGAAGUGCCAUCCUCCCCUAAGCCUGUCCAACUACCCUCUCAGUCUCUUCUCACGCAGCCCCCUGAACAGAGGCCUUCAGCAGCUGAAAUAAAAUUAGAAGCCCUCACUAAGCGGCUGGAAAAAGAGAUGGAUGCCCAACCAAAGGCUGACUACUUUGGAUCCUGUGUCAAGUGUAAUAAGGCAGUGUAUGGAGCCAGCCAGGCCUGCCAGGCUAUGGGAAGCCUCUACCAUGACAGCUGCUUCACCUGUAGUGCUUGUAGUCGAAGGCUGAGAGGGAAGGCUUUCUACUAUGUCGGAGGGAAGGUUUUCUGUGAAGAGGAUUUCCUGUAUUCUGGUUUCCAGCAGUCUGCUGACAAGUGCAACGCAUGUGGACAUCUGAUUAUGGACAUGAUCCUGCAGGCCCUGGGGAAGUCGUACCACCCCGGCUGCUUCCGCUGUGUCAUCUGUAACGAGAGCCUUGAUGGAGUACCCUUCACUGUGGACACUGAAAAUAAGAUCUAUUGUGUCAAGGACUACCACAGGGUCUUGGCACCUAAAUGUGCAGCCUGUAACCAACCCAUCCUGCCUUCAGAGGGGUCUGAUGAAACCAUUCGAGUUGUAUCGAUGGACAAAGAUUACCAUGUGGAAUGCUAUCACUGCGAGGACUGUAAGAUGGAGCUGAACGACGAGGAGGGUCACCGCUGCUACCCUCUGAACGGACACCUCCUCUGCCACUCCUGCCACCUGAAGCACAUCCAGCCCAGCUGCUCCGCUUCUGUCACUGCUGCUACCGCCUCCUACUAACAGGUGGAUGGAGACACCUGGUGGAUGUGAGGGGGAACUGUAGGAGUGGAUGUUAACAAUUCUUGUUGUAGAGGAUUGAUCGACUGAAUGCAUCACAUCCUGAUGUGUGUAUUCUAACAGGGGUGUUAAUGAAGUCUCCUUUAUGCAGAACAUAACAGGGGUUUGACCCAGUAAUGAAGUAUUGCAAUACACCAAAGCCCUACUUUGAAUGCAAUGAAGCGUCACAUUUGCAGAAGUGACGCCAUGUUGUUGUUAUUUUUCUGUAAAUACCAGUUGCGUCAGCUGUGUAGAUAUCUUUCUGUCAGCUCGUUUCAGAUACUGUGUGCCUUCAGUGAACCUACAAGUUAGGUUCUAAUCAGGAUAAUUUACACAAAUGAUGUGAAAGCAAGUGUGGAAUGUGACAUAAAUCACAGGUACCUAAUGUUGCAGACAGAGAGGAAGGAUAAUCACAAAGGACUGGAAGGAACACAACAGCUUCUACAGUAAUACCAGCUGAUGUGUGUUUAUAUUUAACAGAGAUACUAAGUGUUUUUAUUACUUUUAAAAAGUCACAGAAUAACAACUCCUUCUACUUUUUCUCAUUUUAAUCAGUUGCCGCUGUGUAGGAGUAGUUUUAUUCUCAAACAGGUUACCAGACAUACCUAUAUCUGGAGCUGCACACAGAGCCAGCGUCGUCAUGUUCUAUAUGCAAACAGUACGCAAUUAAUCCCAUCAAAUAAUAAACUCUGAACACCUCAAA